UGCAGGAGAUUGGUAAAUUGGCUGCAUUCUAAAAUCUUUCCGCUGAUACAUUAGCCAAAGUGUCUGUCUUAUAAUAUAAAAUCAGAACAUUUCAAAUGACUAAAGUUCUAGGUUUGUGCCAGAAGUAUACUGAGAAAAAUGUUAACAAAACUCUAAGGUUUAUUAAAAAAAUAUAUGAGAGUAUUUUUAAAAAAUUACUGGUUUCAGUGGACAAUCACUUCACCAAUAUUUCACAUUUAUGCAAGGUAUGAUCAUUUAAGGUAUAUACCUAAUGAAGGCAAAACAGACAAAAGUUUGUGUCCUUUUCAUUUAGGUGGACCACCAACCCUGACAUGGCAAACAACACGACCAGCUUUGUGUCUGAAUUUGUUCUUCAAUGUGAAAUCAAACCUGAGCUGAAAAACUUAGUUGCUACACUCCUCUCCUUAAUCUACUUUGUGACACUCUUUGGCAAUUUUGUGGUAAUUCUCGUCAUAAGAAUGAAUCACCAACUGCAAACACCGAUGUAUUUAUGUAUCGGCGCCUUAGCGGUUUUAGACUUGAUAAACAGCACUAACGUUGUCCCUACAAUGGUGGGUGUCCUGUUAAACUUUGUAAAUGUUCCCCGUGUGCCUUGUUUUAUGCAGAUGUUCAUGAUUUGUUAUUUAGAAGUACUGGAAUCUCUGCUUUUUGCAUUCAUGGCAUGCGAUCGUUAUAUAGCGGUCCUUUAUCCACUACAAUAUCCAUCUCUUGUUACCAAUAAAAUUGUUUGUCUUACUUUACUAUUGUUCAUUAUCAGUACUGGGCUGUGUUAUGUACCCAUCAACAUGGUCUUUGUCAAUGAUCUUUCUUUUUGUGAGACUAAUGUCUUGCAUUAUUGUUUCUGUGAGUAUGGUAGUGUUUUAAAUAUAUCCUGUUACCAAAAUCCUUUAUUCUUAACUUUUUUAGCAAUCACAACAUCAUUAUUUGCAGUUCUGCCUGUAGCAAUUAUUCUCUUUUCUUACUUCAGAAUUGCUCAUGCAGCACUAAACAUCUCUUCUGCUAAUGGGAAAAGCAAAGUUUUAAGCACCUGCCUCACACACCUGCUAGUGAUGUUACUCUUUUAUAUACCAAUAAUAAUUUCAUACAUUUUAACAGGGGUUAAUGUGAGUCUGUCAAGGGAAGCCUAUAAUAUUAUGGUUGUUAUCUCCACUGUUGUUCCUCCAAUGAUGAAUCCAAUAAUAUACAGUUUUAGGAACAGAGAAAUAAAAAGUACAAUUUACAAGACUGUGAAUGGCGUGUUGGCAUUUUUCACUUCCAGCAGCCGUUGACAGAAUCUACACUGUACAAAUGGCAUCAAGGGACUAUUGCACAUAUUUUCAACUUUGACCCAGAUUCCAGUAUCUGAAUGCACUGGUUUAUUACAGUUUUCUAUGAUUUGAAACAGUCUGUUUAUUUUUUU